AUGAAACACAUGCCUAGAGCUCAAAACCAGAUGGCUGAUGCUCUAGCCACGCUGGCAUCCUUAUGGGAGAAGGGUGAUCAUAAGCUGACCCUGCCAGUUAUCCUGAUGAGGAGUAGAAUCCCAUGCUAUGAAGGGUUAAUAAUAGCACAUUUAGAUCUAGAAGAUGAGAUGAAAUGGUAUGAGGACAUAAGAAGAUAUUUAGAGGUAAGAGAAUACCCACAGUCAGCCAAUAGUAGGGAUAGAGCUACAAUUCGUAGAUUAGCCACUCAGUUCACUUUGGCUGGGGGGCAACUCUACAAAAGGUUCUUCGAUGGACUAUUGCUCUUGUGUGUGACAAAAAAGCAGUCUGAGCAGAUAAUGGAGGAAGUACAUGAAGGAGUGUGUGGUCCUCACAUGAACGGAAGGAUGCCAUGA